AUGUCUCAAGACUCACCGUUGGCUACACGGCCUCCUUUGCGGCGCCGGGCUCACCCAGUCCUAUUCACCAUCACCCUCGUCCUGUUCAUCUUUUUCAGUUCAUCAACCUUAACCUUCCUAUCUUCCGCGUUCUCUCAAUCCGAUUCAUACGAGCUCGACCAUCGCUCCGAAAUUCUUGCCAAAUGUGCCUAUACACAUGCAACACCCGGGCCUCCACCCCAUUUCCAUGCACGGACACAGAGUUUCCGCUACGCAGAGAACACGAAGCCUGCAGCGCAGAAUGACUCCUCUGUUGCAGUUCGACGUCGUAGGGGUCCCUUCCCACACAACUCUCUCUUCUCAUCUUCACGCAUCAAACAGUUCGACAUCCACACCAAACCCUUUGAAUCGCUAGCCGUUGCUCCCAAUGGCACCAAAUUGCAGGAGACCAUCCCAAACUCUCCAUCACCAGAUGAUGAACUUCCGCCGAGAUUCUUUGAUAGUGUCGACACAAAUUAUCCACCCCGCCGCUCCAACUACCUCCCAUACAGUGUGCUACAGCAAUCUGCACAACAGUCUCGCGUUAUGGCAUUAUUAAAUCGUCUACCAUUUAGCAGGCAAGCACAGCAAGCACGCCCGUCAGCCGAACGUCUUCGCUACCCCCAAAAGAUCACGCAGCUCCUUCAGCAACACCUUCAUCUCCGUCGGCCGAUACCCAGUCCGAGCCAGCCAGUCAAUGUCGCAGCUGCACAUGGUAACGAGCGCGUCAUUGCUGAUGGCAGACUGAGGAUGCCUCCUAAAUGGGACUUGGAGCCCUUACGGUCAUCACCAGAAUAA